AUGGGACCUUUGGAGAAAGCUCCUGUGAAGUCCGAACUUAGUUACCAGCUUCGUUGUCACAUCGUGCCAUAUCCGCUGGAUCGAUCACAGAAAAUGACUCGACUCAACACACUCGGUUUUGCACUUGCUUUCGACCCGUCCUCAUAUUCAUCAGGGGAUGUUGUCAAAGUCGACGUGGCCGUUAUUGGAGGCGGCGCAACAGGCACUUAUGCCGGUAUAUCACUAUCUGACAUGGGACAUAGCGUCGUCGUUGUGGAAAAGCUAGGGUUGCUGGGAGGCCAUACCAAUACGUAUGUCGAUGCUGGGACGGGCAUUGCAAUCGAUUACGGCGUUCAGCGAUAUCAAAAUGAGGCCAACACGCUAGAUUUCUUCAGCCGCCUGAACGUGACGCCUUCCGAUGAUUUUCCUGUUUCGGCUUACAACACAACCAUCUAUGCGGAUUUCUCAUCGUCCAAAGUCUUGGAUUUCACGCCGGGCACUAACUUCACGGGCUGGCUCGAACAGUGCUACAAGUACCCCUGGAUGCAAUACACAAGCGACAUCCCUCCUCCUGUUCCAGAGGACUUGUAUCUGUCCAUGGACAAGUUCAUCACCAAAUACGACCUUGGUGACAUUUCUUGCUCAACUAAUCGAAUUGUUGGCGGCAACGACAAGAUCUACGAAUCGGCUCUCGACGUGCUAGGCUCGAGCGUCCUCCUGAACUCGACUGUCAUAGCAGCCAAACGAGGCAGUACCGCAGAUGAAGCCACCUAUCUGGUGGUAUCCACGCCAACCGGCUUGAAGCUGAUUCAGGCCUCGCGUCUGCUCAUCACAAUCCCAACGACCAAGACCAACAUGGCUCCUUUCGCUCCGGAUACCAAAGAAGAGCAAGUAUUCACAGACUUUGAAGUCAGUGGUUACUAUACAGGCCUCGUGCGGUUUUCAGAGGCGGUGCUACCUGCAGCAACUGCAUACGAGAAUGCAGACCCCAAUGCAGAGUAUUAUCUACCACAGCCGCCAGCCCUUAUUAGCUUUGCACCCACGGCGGUUGAAAACCUAUACACGUACAGGGCUUACUCGACCAACGUACUGUCUGACAGCGAUGCCCAGACUGAGACCUUGGACCUCAUCAACACAUUCGUCACUGGUCUCACCGGGAAGACUGCAGACAUCGAGCUCGCUGCUUUCAACAGCCACUCGCCCUUCCGCCCAAGCCUGACAUCAGAAGCCAUCAAGGGCGGUUACUGGGGCAAGAUGUAUGGCCUUCAGGGAUAUCGCAACACGUGGUAUACUGGGGCUCAAUUUCUACCCGGCUCGAGCCAGCUGUGGAACUACACGGCUACAUUGCUGCCAGACAUCGUCGCAAAUCUGUGA